AUGAGCGCGAUUCUGUCUGCGGAUGAUUUGAAUGACUUCAUAUCACCAGGAGUUGCUUGUAUAAAGCCAGUUGAGACACUGCCGAAGAAGCAGGAAGAGAACCCAUAUGAAGUGACGACGGAAGAUAAGCUGGAGGAGCAGAACCCUCCACCAGCUCAGAUAUCUCUUACGGAUUGUCUGGCAUGUUCAGGCUGCGUCACAUCAGCUGAAGCAGUGCUGGUGUCGUUACAGUCGCAUGCGGAAGUGUUAAACACCCUCGACGCAAACCCUGAAAUACGGCUUGAUGGUGGGGGUAGAACAGAAGACAGAGAUGGGAAGAUUUUCGUUGCCAGCGUGAGCCCGCAGGUCCGGGCCAGCUUGGCUGCUACUUAUGGUAUAUCAGAAAAGAAUGCAGGAUAUAUGAUCGAACAAUUUCUUAGUGGACCAAACGGCCUGCGGGCAGGCGGACAACACGGCAGUGGCUUUACAUGGGUUGUCGACACUAAUAUCAUGCGCCAGGCUGUGUUAGAGCUCAGUACAGAUGAGGUCACCGAAUCACUAAAUGAUGCCGCACCAACGACCUCACACGAUGAAUCAGGCAAAUUCUCUCUGCCUAACAGACCUAUUCUCGCGUCUUCUUGUCCAGGGUGGAUAUGCUAUGCGGAGAAAACCCAUCCACACGUUCUACCUCAUCUAUCACGCUUGAAGUCUCCCCAGGCCUUGAUGGGGACGUUCCUCAAGACCAUUAUAAGCAAGAAGCUCAAUAUAUCACCAUCUCAAGUAUGGCAUCUUGCGAUAAUGCCUUGUUUCGACAAGAAGCUCGAGGCAAGCCGACAGGAAUUAACGGAUGUUUCUUGGAGAGGGGAGGCAUUAGACAAGGCCAGUUCCCCUGUCAGAGAUGUCGACUGUGUCAUUACCUCCAAGGAAUUGCUUAUGCUUGCUUCAUCCCGAAACAUCUCUCUUCCAUCUUUACCCCUUGAACCACUACCAACACACCUCUCGACCCCGUUUCCCGACCAAACCAUCGCCCAAUUCCUUUCUAACAAUAAUACCCUACAUUCCACACAACCUGCAGCUGCAGGACCAUCAGGAGGAUACCUCCAUCAUCUCCUUACAACCUACCAAUCCAAACAUGCCGAUAGCAUUAUUCAAUCCCAGAGAGGCCGCAACGCAGAUGUAGUUGAAUAUACCCUCGUCUCAGCAACCGGCGAACCAAUCAUCAAAGCAGCGCGGUACUACGGGUUCAGAAACAUCCAGAAUCUAGUUCGCAAGUUGAAGCCUGCUAGAGCCUCGAGACUACCUGGCUCAAGAGUCAAUGGUUCUGGAGCCAGGGCACGACCUGCACCGGUAUCUAAUGGAAAGCCAGGUGCUCCUAUACCCCCGACCGAGUUUGCUUAUGUUGAAGUUAUGGCUUGUCCGGGUGGAUGUACGAAUGGUGGAGGUCAGAUCCGACUUGAAGAUGCCAGACAGGCGAAUUCUUCACUGGCUUUGCCUGAAGGCAGUGCUUUGGAGCAAACUUCAAAACCAACGCCCCAUGAUCAACGGGCGUGGCUUGCUCGAGUUGACGAGGCAUAUUAUUCGGAUUCCUCGGAGGACGGCGACCAAGUUAAUAAACCACAUCGUAUGUCUUCUGCUGAAGAGAUACAUUCCAUACUGAGGUAUUGGUCUAAUAUGCUUGGUGUUCCUCUCGAAGAUCUGGUAUAUACCACCUACCGUAAGGUGGAGAGUGAUGUAGGGAAACAAAAAGGUCUAGCAGGAAGCAUAGAUACAGCUCGUGUUGCGGAGUUGGCUGGCAAGGCCGGUGGCGGUUGGUAA